ACAAUUAGAAAUUAAAAAUAACACAAAAAAAAUUAUUAUAGUUAAUUAAAUAAAUUUUAAAUAAUUUUUUUUAAAUUUGCAAAUUAAAAUUUAUAAAGUAAAAACAAAAAUCCCGCAUACACAUGCAAAAAAUACAUAAAAAAUUUUUAAAUGCAUAUCGGACCGAAGUUUAACAAAAAAUUUAUUUGGAAUAAAAACCAAAGAUGAAAAAUUUAAUGGAAUUUAAACAAUUUUUAUUAAUAUUUAAUUUUUAUUCAAUUUAUUUACAAUAUUAUAUUGUUGGAGUACGUUCAAUAUCAUCUUAUGUAAGCAAUAGUGUCAUAGAUAAACCAUAUUUUGAUGACGUUAGCCCACGUAAUAUAACGAGUGUAGUGGACGAGACAGCAAUAUUAAAGUGUCGUGUCAAAAAUAAAGGGAAUCGAACUGUUUCAUGGAUGAGAAAACGUGAUCUGCAUAUUUUAACAACAAAUAUAUAUACAUAUACAGGUGAUCAAAGAUUUUCUGUAAUACAUACACCUGGUAGUGAAGACUGGGAUCUUAAAAUAGAAUAUGCACAAUUAAGAGAUAGCGGAAUAUAUGAAUGUCAAGUUAAUACUGAACCAAAAAUUAAUUUAGGAAUAUCAUUAGACGUUGUUACAGCCAUCCCCGAUCCCAGAGAUGUUUACUCGCAGCCCCGAUUCUAUGAUGUUAAAGCGGCAAGAGCCAAAAUCCUUGGAUCAACAGAAGUCUUUGUUAAAAAAGACAGUACAAUAUCAUUAGGAUGUACAGUUAAUAUUCAUGCAAAUUCAGUUUUAUGGUAUCAUAAUGAUCAUGUAGUUGAUUUUAAUUCAAUACGUGGCGGUAUUAGUUUAGAAACAGAAAAAACUGAUUCAGGUACAACAAGUCGAUUAUUAUUAACUAGAGCAUCACUUAAAGAUUCUGGAAAUUAUAGUUGUGUACCAACAAUGGCAAUACCAGCAUCUGUUCAAGUUCAUGUACUGAAUGGUGAACAUCCUGCAGCAAUGCAAACUGGUGGCGGUUGUGGUAAAAACUGUUUGCAUAGUAAAUCAUUUUAUUGGAAUAUUAUAGUUAUAUUGUAUAUCCUAGGAAAUAUACAUUUAAUAAUUAUAAAUUCAGGAAUUAUUUAGAAGCUACCAAUGGUCAUUAUUUUUACUAUACUGAUAAGAUUAUACAAAAUCCGGAAUUAUUCUAAAUUUCAACAUAAUAA